AUGGCUUAUAUGUUUCAAUAUGAUUCAACACAUGGACGUUUCCCAGGUGAAGUUUCUCAUAAAAAUAACAAACUUAUUGUUAAUGGAGAAGAAAUCAGCGUCUUUAACGAACAAGAAUUAGUGAAAAUUCCAUGGGGUCAACUUGGUGCUGAAUAUGUUGUUGAAUCAACCAGUGUAUUUACAACAAUUAAUAAAUGUCAAUCACAUUUACAAGCAGGUGCUAAGAAAGUUAUAAUUGCAGCACCAUCAGCUGAUGCUCCCAUGUUCGUUAUGGGAGUUAAUGAAGACAAAUAUACAGAAAAUGAAGCCGUUCUUUCAAUUGCAUCAUGUACAACAAAUUGUUUAGCACCACUUGCUAAAGUUAUUCAUGAAAAAUUUGGUAUUAUUGAAGCUUUAAUGACAACUGUACAUUCGUAUACUCCUACGCAAAACACUGUUGAUGAUCCAUUAAAUGAAAAUUGGCGAAGUGGGCGUGGAGCUGUACAAAAUAUAAUUCCAUCAUCAACUGAUGCAGCUAAAGCUGUUGGAAAACUUAUUCCUGAUUUAAAUGGAAAAUUAACUGGUAUGGCUUUUCAUGUUCCAACAUCAAAUGUUUCAGUUGUUGAUCUCACUGCUCGAUUAAACAAAGGCGUUACAUAUGAAGAAAUUUGUGCUGCAAUUAAAGAAGCUGCUAAUGAUUCAUUAAAAGGUAUUUUGGCUUAUACUGAUGAUGAAGUUGUUUCAACAGAUUUUAUUGGUGAUAAACAUUCAUCCAUUUUUGAUGCUAAAGCUGGUAUUUCGCACAAUGAUAAUUUUGUUAAACUUGUUUCAUGGUACGACAAUGAAUAUGGUUAUUCAAAUCGUGCCAUCGAUCUUAUCAAAUAUAUUGUUGAAAAAAAAGAUUAUGGAAGAUAA